AUGAGCAAUAAAGCGGCCGCGCCGAAAGGGCUGAUUUGCAUAAAAUCCGAACUGACGCCACACAGCGAGCGAGCACAGCGUAUAGACUUAUUCUACUCCCCCGAGAUAAGGUUCGCCGCGCCGCCGCUGCGUCGAAUAAAUCGUUCGCUGAUAAUGAGUAGUGAUAAUUCGCGCCUCGGCGCUGUCAAGGCGGGCCGGCUAGCGUCUUUAUACCUCCUUAUGCAGCGGUCACAA